AGGUCGCACGCACACUGAACUGCCCCUUAAACACUCAGAAACAUGGCGCUACGGGAGCUAUCAUCGCUGGAGAAAUAUUUAGGAUUAAAAAAGCCUAACAAGUACAGCACACAGGGGGAUAAAAAGGUACCUGUGUUACAGAAUAAUAAUGGUCCGCCACUGGUGGGGCUGGUGACUAUCGCCUGUCACCUUGUGAAAGAAGCCAAGCGCCCAGAGCUCCUGGGUGACUCAGCAGAGGGCCGAGCUGUGGUGCAGCAGUGGCUGGAGCACAGAGUCACAAAGCUAGAUGGCUGCACAAAGGAGGACACUAAGACCAUUUUAAAGGAUCUCAACCUCUACCUCCAAGACAAGGUUUUCCUGGCUGGCAACCAGUUCACCUUAGCUGAUGCUUUUAUAUACUUUGGAAUCCAUCCACUCAUAGUGGAAAUGCCCAUCCAGGAGAAAGAGCAGUAUGUGAAUGUGACUCGAUGGUUCGAUCACAUUCAGCACCACCCUGGUCUGCGACACCACCUCCCUCCCCUAGUCGUUCUAAGGAACAGAAUUUACACCAGCAGGCACCACUAAGACCUGACCCCACCCAACCCAGCCUGACUCGUCACAAGCUCGUCUUGUCUGUCGGGGCAGACCUUCUCCCUAAAACCCAAGAGCACCACGUCAUCAUCACUAUCAUCACACCUGAGGACAAUUCCUCACUCCAACCUAUUUUUGUUGUUGACUUUAUGGAUCAUGAUUCCUGCCUUAAUGUGUUGUCCUUUUCACAUCCCUGAACUCCUGUAUGCUCUCUUGGUUUUAGGAAACCUGAAAAUUCAGCGAAGAUCAAAACAGCUCUUGAUCUAACAGUUCUAUUGUAUGAGGUGCGGAGCUGCCAUUAAGGGAAUGCUUGCUAAUAAAAGUCUAGUUCGGUUUAUGUUCUUGAAAGCCUGUCAGUGCUCUUAAUAAUGAUAAUUCCUAGAACCCUGUAUAACUGUUGGGCUGUGGUGAGGAGCAUAUAUCAACGUGCUAACACAAUAAGAAGAUGGCUAUCUGAAUCAGAACUAUGGAGUUUACAUAGGAGACAGUUACAUUGGUCUUUUCUGUUUGUUCGGGCCGUUCAGAAGUAUGCUUUUAUGUGGUUGUUUUCAAAGGGAAUACACAACUGGUUGUGCGCAAGUGAAGUGCUACUAGCAUGUUAAAAAUGGUGUUUUUCUAUUUAUUAAUAAUCAUGAUUUGUUGUAUCUGAGCCUUGAACAUGCAGCAGCAAGUAGGUUAAAUAAAGACUUAAGACAAUGAUACUUGACAGCCAGUACAAUGUGUCCUUAGGAAAAGCUGCCUCCUUCGUGCCAUAUCAGUGCAUUUUCAGCAACAGUUUGUCUGUAUACAUGUGGUUGCUGGUUCAACAUAACCCCAUAAUGAUCACAACUGAGUCCACAUUGUUCCACCAUUGUUGCCCUGAUGAAUAUCGUUUUGUCUCUUUAUCGCGCAUCCUAAUCUGGACUGUACUGUUCAUUUUUUUUCUUGGAGGACUUUAUGUUUCACAUACUCCCAGACAGUUUAGUUUGUGUGUGUGUGUGUUCCUGAUUACAUCCCCGCUCUCUGUCCCACUUCCUCUCCACCAGUCAGUGUGGGCAGCAGUGAGCAGUUGCGCGUCAGCCCCAGAGUCAGAGAUCAGAGUGAGGCUCCAAUCAGUCCCACUACCACCACUGUUGAUGCUGCAGGCCACAGAGAGGGCAGCGGGCUCACCAGCUGCCACACAGAUCCAGCCAGCCAAGGCCAGAACCCAGGCCCCUGGGCGACAGUCAGCCACUGUGUGUCAUUUCAACCCUCACGCUCCCACGGGGGCUACUGGAGAGGGAGGAAGGGAGGCCACUGAGAGAGAAAAAGAGCACCCAGAGGCCGAAGGAUCUUUUUGUGACAUGUGAACAAUGAUCCGUGCGUCUGAAAGCCUUUCUGCUGCUGGCUGGCCGUUUGCUAUUAGCGCUAUUAACAAGUCAAGUUGUGGCAAUAGAACCUGCUAAUGAAUAUCAUGGAGGGAAUGAUACAUAAACACAUACACUCAACUGUUCAACAGUUUAAGUCGAGCAUACUGUGUGGUUUUGUGUUUUGCGUCAAUACUUGUGUUAUUCUUUACAGUCGUUCCAUAUUUAGCCACAUGUGAAACCCCAACCCUCCAUAUAUCAGUGUGUGUACCUCAUAGCUUCAGUGCUUUCAUUAUCAGAUGUUAGCAUGAUUCUCACCCUCUGUCAAUAAAUCAAAGGGAUACACAGCUCAUGA